CUUGCAGUUGGAAAGCGAAGGCACAGCGCGCGCUCAGUAGAGAACGCUUUCGUUACAUUUCAACAGAACGUUAACUUGCGUUGUCGUUUGUUUUAUAGUCGCGUUUUACAUUUAAUCUGCAUUGCUCACUUGGAGAAGGUCGUUCUCGAGCUGUUGUUAUGGUUUGGAGGGAAUAUUGUUGAACUAAAUGUAAACGUAGCCUAUAGUUAUUAUGGAGAAAUUCUUAAAUGCAACGACAAAUAAUGCAUUAAGUUGUGCGCUGUAAUUCUAAUGUUAACAGCACAGAUAUCGACUACAAUGUCACAGGCUGAGGUUGACGUGGCUGGUCUUGGCUUCCCGAAGUUGCCUGCGGGUUUGGACGCGGACUCGUUCUUCCCAGUUCGCCUGCCGCCGAGACGGAGGAGACACUCGGCAAACUCCAGGAGAAAUGCCUACAGGUUUAACAAACUCCACACCACGGAUGUAGAGUCCCAGGAGAGACUCGUGCCUUUGACAAAAACUCUUUCGUGGUCAGCCGACAACAUUUUAUCGGAAAGUACCAGCGAGGAGAAAAAGACGGACUCUUCUCCUCCAAUGUCACCUGUCUCCAGCUCACCACCUGAGACGCAAGACUCGGACCCGAGACCGACUGGUUCCUGGGCCACCGAGGAGCCCAGCGCACAGGAGGCUGAUGCUAGCUCGGACUCCGAUGAUGAAAGCACCCAGAAGAAGCUCGUUUUGUCAAGAGCCCAGUUUGAGAGUAAACGCCAACAGGAGGAAAAGGAUGAGGUCGAGACUAAAGCUGUGGCGACUUCACCUGAUGGAAGGUUUCUGAAAUUCAACAUUGAGAUCGGAAGGGGGUCUUUUAAGACAGUCUACAAAGGCUUGGAUACGGAGACCACUGUGGAGGUUGCUUGGUGUGAACUGCAGACACGAAGGCUGACGAAAGUGGAACGGCAGCGUUUCAGUGAAGAGGUGGACAUGCUGAAGUGCCUGCAGCAUCCAAACAUUGUCCGUUUUUACGACUCCUGGAAGUCCAGCAUGAAAGGGCAAAAGUGCAUUAUCCUUGUAACGGAACUCAUGACGUCUGGGACGCUGAAGACAUAUCUGAAAAGGUUCAAAGAGAUGAAGCUAAAGCUCCUCCAGCGUUGGAGUCAACAGAUCCUCAAAGGCCUUCACUUCCUGCACACACGAACACCUCCCAUAAUCCACCGAGACCUUAAAUGUGACAACAUCUUCAUCACUGGCCCCACUGGAUAUGUUAAGAUUGGUGAUUUAGGCCUAGCCACUCUCAAGAGUGCUUCGUUUGCUAAGAGCGUCAUUGGAACCCCAGAGUUUAUGGCUCCAGAGAUGUACGAGGAGAAAUAUGAUGAAGCUGUGGAUGUUUAUGCCUUUGGCAUGUGCAUCCUGGAGAUGACCACAUCAGAAUACCCCUACUCAGAGUGCCAAAACGCUGCGCAGAUCUACCGCAAAGUCACCAGUGGAAUGAAGCCAGACAGUUUUUACAAAGUGAAAGUCCCUGAACUAAAAGAGAUCAUUGAGGGAUGCAUCCGGAUGAACAAAGACGAAAGGUACACUAUCCAGGACCUCUUAGAGCACACCUUCUUUCAGGAGAAUAAUGGUGUCCAUGUCGAGCUGGCUGAGGAAGACGACAUGGUGAAGUCUGGCCUUAAACUCUGGCUUCGGAUGGACGACACCAAGAAGCUCCAUGGCAAAUACAAGGACAACAAUGCCAUCGAGUUCCUUUUCGAACUCUACAAGGAUGUCCCGGAGGAGGUGGCUCAGGAGAUGGUUGUUCUUGGCUUUGUCUGUGAGGCCGACUACAAGCUUGUGGCCAAAGCCAUCCGUGACCGCGUCACCGCCAUCAAACGGCAACGAGAGAAGCGCCGCCGUCAGGCUGAAGAGGUGCAGAGGCGUCGCCAAGAGGAGGUGAUUGAAGAGGAACCGGAUCCUAGUCUUGAAGCCGAACCUUCGGUUUCUAACCCUCCAGCUCCUAAAACUCCUGUAGAGACACCUGUAUCCAUCCCUACACAAGCUCCGCCCACUGUCACAGUGUCUGGUCCCAUUUCCCUGUCUGCAAACGAAUCUCUGGACUCUGGCUUCAACGCCAGCUUUGCCACUGAACCCGAAGAGCCGGACGCGGACCAGCGGCCACAUUUCAACAUACGCCAUGCCAGCUACUCAUCAGCAACAUCCGACUGUGAGACGGACGGCUACCUCAGCCCCUCUGGGCUUCAGGACCCUACAGAGUCCCUAACUCCUGUAGCAAACCAACCCCUCACAGUUCCACAACCAAUCAGUGGAGCACCUCGUGUGGAGACCCCACCCACUGAAGCCACUCCCACUCCAGCUGCUGCAAUCCCAGCUCUCCGUUUCCCCUCGAGCAUUGCUGUGUCACAAAAUACAGAGAGGACCCAGUCAGGAAGUGCCAGUGGUUUUUCCUCUCCUGUCGACAGCUAUGCCUCUGAUGUCACCUCUGGUUUGAGUGACGGAAACGAGGGUCUUUCGGAGAGGAGCGGGAAAGGUCAGAACAAACGAACCGGAACCAAGCUACUCAGGAAGAGAGCUCGCUCAAGGCUACGCAUCACCGGGCUGUCAGAUAAAGUGGAUCGGGUUGUCGAGUGUCAACUACAGACUCAUAACAGCAAGAUGGUGACAUUUAAAUUCGAUCUGGAUGGAGACAACCCAGAAGACAUCGCUACAGUGAUGGUACAUAAUGAGUUUAUUCUACCUGGGGAGAGAGAGGGAUUCAUCCACCGCAUGAAAGAUAUCAUCCGUCGAGCAGAAGCCCUGAUGAGGAGAGAGCCUUUAGAACCACUCGAUCCCAGAGAAACCGAUCGCUUGCCUUACCUGAGCGGAGUCGGCACACUGUCUGCUUCACAGCCCAAUCUCUCCACACAGGGCCUCGCUCGCACACACUCCUCCUCCUCGUUGCCAGAUUAUGCUGGUGCCAGUAUAGGUUCAGUGACCCGUGAUUCCUCACCUACACUGAGCGCUGACUUUUACGUCGAUCCUAAUGCUGUUCCACCCGUCCGGCCCCUGCGUUCACAAUCCUUCCACACCACAGGUUCUUCACAGACCUAUCAGUCUUCUGUGCCCAACUACCCGCAGUACUCCCACCCUGAUAUUCUGUCAUAUCUGCCAAAUCAGAUGUCUGCCAUGCCCCCUCAGUUCACCAAACCACCUUAUGUUCAGAACACCCACUUCGCCUACCCCUACCAAAUGGAUCAUGCCUCCCUCAACCCAAGUCCACUCACCCGUGUCCCCAGCAACCCAAACUUCUCCUCAUCCUCUUCAUCCUCUUCUGUUGUUUCACCAGUACAGCAGUACGAGAUGGCUCCUCAAGCAGAAACCAACAAUCUGCCGCUUCCAGUUGCCCCUCCACCUGGUUCACAACCUCCAGGCAUGUGGCCAUCGCCUUCCCAGCAGCCCUUUAUUUCCCUGGCCAAUGUUCUUUCUCUAGCUAUGAACUUUGCACAAUCCAUUAUACCCGCUGGAUCAAUCCCUCAAGGUUUCCACCCACAAAUGACCCCUCAACCAGGGUAUGGCCCCAUGUAUCCAGCUCAGUAUGCAAGCAUGAGCAAUGCCGAUGCUCCAUACCACCAGGGGGCAAUGAGCGGACAGUAUAUGGAUAUGUACCAAUACCCUGAUGCUCAUACGCAGAUUCCGGAACCAGUUCCUGAACCUCAAGAAGGGAGCCAAACACCAAUAGUCCCACUUGGGGAGCCAAGAACAUGCACGACUCCUGAGAUCAAACAGACAAUUCCCCCAAACUCAAGCUCUUCUGCAUUGUCCAGAAGUAGCCCACUUGUGGAGAGCCAGUCUAAUCUCAUAGGGCAGCUCAGAGAGCAGACAGACAGUUCAGCGUCAAGCACCCGCACCCCAUCAAGCACAAGCUCACCAGCGUCCUCCACAUCUACCAGCCCGCAAAACACUGUCUCCUCACCUGUCCCAAGGUCCUCUCCCACUUUAUCUAUGUCUCUGGCAGUGUCUGAAACAAAUACCAUUGCUGCCAAAUCCAGACUCUCGCCUAUAUCUGAAGAGAAAAAGUCUAUUGUCACAGUGGGACGGUUUCAAGUCAGCCCAAGCAAGGAUAUUCCCAUUCCAACUCUCAGCCCAACGCCAACUCCCACUCCUACAGCUUUGCCAACAUCCAUAGUUCCCGAAACCACGCCCCCCGCACACAACAGCCAAUCAGACAGCAGCACAGACGUACAGGCGGAAUCAGAAAGCAGUCCCAGGUCUCCGAAUGAAUCACCACCACUUACCAAAUGGCCUAGUGAGACUUUGCGCAGCUCAGAGAGUGCCCCCUUGUGGACUGGAGAAACUAAGACCGCGGACAGAAAGGUUGUAGAACCUGGCGAGGGGCGUGGAGGUGAAGAAGAGGAGGAGGUGGAGGAGGAGACAGAAAGGAGGCGGAGGAGGAUAAGUGUGAGUUUGCUGGACAGUUCAUCAGGGAGCCCUCAGUUCAAUCUAAAUCAGCCUUGGAUAAGCUACACGCGCAGCACAUCAUACGCCAGCAGCGACGAAACAGAGAGUGACGACGAGGGAAUGUAUGAGGAGCUACAGGAACUCAGAGAGAGACAUGUGGCUGAGGUGCAGGCUCUCCAAACCUCUCAAAAGCUAGAGAUUGAGGAGCUCUACAAACGGAUGGGUAAAGUGCCCCCUCCAGGAAUCGUGUCCCCGGCGGCCAUGUUGUCCAGUCGUCAGCGGCGCCUGUCUAAGAGCGGAGGAUACCCCACCUCUCGCCGAAAUAGCCUGCAAAGACUGGACAUACUGCCACCCACAGGUAGCAUAGGUAUCAUACGGAAGAACUCAGUGAGUGGCAGCAGCAGUGGUUCACAGGAGAGGGCCAGUAAAGGAGUGACCUUUGCCACUGAUUACGCCAGAAUUUAAUAAUUUGCUAAGGAGCUCUUUGGCCCACAUCCUGCUUUCCUUAUGGACUGAACUGAAGUGACAACAUUGCUUCCUCAUGCAACUGCCAGUGUGCGUGAGCACAUGUUUGUAGUGUUCUUCAAAGGCUGUCAUGUGAAUAUUUUUUUACCAGUAUACCUCUGCUUGGUAUUUUCAUACCUUUCUGAAGAGGCAGGGCAUUUGUAAGCACAGACUUAUUUAGACUAUGUUGCUGAUCUGAGCACAGAUUUAUGGAGAAAUGCCCACUCAUUUUCAGCUAUAGCAUCCCCGGUGGUUGAAUGUAUGAAUUGCAAAUGUUUUUUUCCGAUUAUUAGGCAGUCCAUGUGGUUGCUCUUUUCUCUAUAAUUUUGUCCAUAUUGCAGUAAUUAUAGCUCAGCUAGUCUGUUCAUAUUUAUUUUCAAACUCCCAGUCAGACAUAAAUACCUGAACGAAUCGGUACUGUAAACAAACUUUUUUGCUUUUGUGAAAAUGCGAUGCAAUUGAAUGCAUGCAGUCCUUAUAAGAACUUUUAGGCCUCACUGUAGGUUUGCUUUUACAUAAAACAGUAUCGUGUAUAUAUUUCACAAAUUGUAAAAAUUUUCAUCAUGGAUUACAGUUCUAAUGUAACUUUGUUGCUGAAAUAUUUUGCACACACAUCAGUUGCACAAAAUCGAUUUUUUUAAUUCCCAUAACUUGCAGUAUUGACAAUUAAUUUAUUUCUCUUUUUUGAUAGAGAACUCUAAUGCCUCAAAUUUCUCUAAGAUGAAUGUGGUGUUUCCACAUCAUAAAACAACAAUGCAGAAUGUAAGCAUUCUACAUUUAGAGCUGGAACCUCUUAGUUCUGGAAUCAUUGUAAUAACCUAAAUUAGGAUAAAUAAGGCCGGAUUCACAUAUAACGGCUAAAAACUCAUAGAAAACGUUGGGCGCGCCACAUUCUAAUUUUAUUAAUUCUAAUUUUUCCAAAGCGCUAGGGCGGUUGCGCUGCGGUUGGUUUUUGUCACGUGACCUACUGCUUAUGGUGCGCUUGCGGCAUUCUGAAAAGUUGAAAUGUUUUAUCUCGAUGCGGCGCGUAGGCUACGCGCUUGGAAAAAACGAGCGCGUCACACCGCUUCCAUCAUUAACUUGAGUGCGCAAAAGACGCGAUAUGUGAAGAGGCCCUAAGCAUAUUUUAAUGUGAUUGUCAAAUCAAAUCUCAUUUAGAUCUUGCACAAAAGUGUAAUAAAUGGAUUUCUGGAGGUAUCAAUCUAACCAAAGUAGAGAACAUAGUGGACAAUCACAGUCGCAGUUCAUUGAAUACCCAUAUACCAUUUCUUUUUUCUAAGUUAUAACUUGUAACUAUACAUUUAGUGUACAUUUUGUUGGUUCUGGUUAAGAAUUUAAUUCCUCCCAAUGUUAAAACCCAGAGUGAAUUUGGUUUGAAAUGCUUCCGUCUUAGGCCUAAUGCUUUUCUUUUGUUAUUCAUUAAUAAUUAAUAGAGUGUGAAAUGAAGAUGUUAACUCGUAUUUUCUUUCAAUUAUGAAAAUAUAAGCAAACAACUGACACAUCACACUUUUCUGCAAGGCAUUUGCAAUAUUAUGAUCUGUAUGGAAGGACAGGUAUGAAUUGCAGCAUGUCAAGGAUUAUAUUUCACUGCCUAUGCAGCGAUUUUAUAUUAAUAUAUGUGUUAAGACAAACAGAAACUAUUGAUUACUGAGAAACUGUGAAGUUUGAACAAUUGUUGCCUUAAAGUGUCUGUGUUUGAUGGGACAGCAGGUGUGUUCUACUGCCUAGCAAGAGAAGAUUUAUAUAGAUAUAUUUACAUAAAGAGAAAAGCUGUAUAAUAUUAUGUGGAAAAAUGUUGUAAUGCCAUGCAGAUUGUGCCUCUUUUUUAACUCUGAUUCCUUGAAUGAAACAUGAUUGUGGUAAAUGUACAAACAAAUGAUUUACAAACAACCAAAUGUUUCCUGAGAUUAAAACUGUGUGAACGUGUCAUAUAAA